UCAUGGUCAGGCCGUGGAAGAGGCCUCCCUCAAUCUCGGAGAGAAAAGGACAUCGCCCGCCACAUCUCGAGUUUUUUUUUAGUGGGCCGAAAUUCGUCGAAGGCCCCACCGUCCUGCUUCGGCGGUGGCCCCCCUAUUAACCCUACCCCACGGGGCCCACCCUUCAUAGAGAUGACCUCUCAUAGACCGACGAACUAGGUCCCCCCCUCGCCGCCGCCGCCGCCGCCGCCACGCGAAGAAUCAGGAGAGGAGCCCGAGCGAAGCGUAACCCGAUCGAUCCCCCCCAUGGCGUCCCAGCUGCAGGGCAAGGGCGCGGAGACGGCGGCCGCCGGGGAGCGCGUGGCGCCCGGCACCAAUGCCGCGGCGUUCGCCGGCUUAGGUUACCCCCCUAUCCAAUCCCCCGUGGCGUUGCAGGAGGAGGAGGGGCCCCGCGACGCCGCGUUCGCCGGAUACGCGCCGAUUCGGUCUCCCGUGGUGUCGCGGCUGCAGGAGAAGGGGGAGGGGGAGGGGGAGGAGGAGGAGGUGGACAAGCGCGAGGAGGCGGGGAUGGCGGCGGAUGGGUCGGCGUUCGCCGCGGGGAUGGCCCUCGUGCCGAAGCCGGAGCCCGUGGCGGUGGAGUUCCUGCGUGGGCUAGCGGUGGCGAAGCCCCCGCCGCGGAACCGCGACCGCCACGUCAAGGUGGAGGGCCGCGGGCGCCGCAUCCGCAUGCCGGUCAACUGCGCGGCGAGGAUCGCGCAGCUCACCCGCGAGCUAGGGCACAAGUCCGACGGCGAGACCAUCCGCUGGCUCAUGCAGCAGUCGGAGCCCGCCAUCGUCGCCGCCACGGGGACGGGCACCGUGCCCGCGAUCGCCACCACCGUCGACGGCGUCCUCCGCAUCCCCACCGAGUCGCCCUCCGCCGCAGCCCGCGGCGACGAGCCCGCCCCGAAGCGGCGCCGCAAGCUCCAGCCGACGCGCGCGGCGGCCGGCGGCCCGGUGGAGGCGCUGGCCGCGGCUCCUCCCCCCGCGGUCUACUACCCCAUCGUCGCCGACCCCCUCCUCCAAGCCAACGGCGGCGGCUCGAUCUCAAUAUCCAGCGGCCUCGCCCCCGCCUCAUCCGCAACACCACCCACAGCCACCGGAGGCGGCGCCAUCCCGUUCAUCGCCAUGCCGGCAACCAGCGACGGCGGCAAGCAGGCGAUGUCACCGGCGACCGUGUGGAUGGUCCCGCCCGGCGGCGCAGGCGCCGUGAACCAGCCAAUUCAGUACUGGGCGUUCCAACCCAACCCUGACCACGCCAACUUCGCCGGCGCCUCCAGCUACAACGUGGGGCAGAAUCCCGGUGUCCACGAGGCGAGCGCCGCCGACCAUGCGGCCUCCACCGGCGGCGGCGGCGGCGGCGAGGACGACGAGUACGAGGGGAUGACGGAUUCCAGCUCCGAUGAGGAGUAGUGGCAGCGUGGCAGCGCGACGUCGACGGCGACGCGAUGCUGCACAGUUUGCACAGCGCCGACAGUAACCGGAAAUACUCCUCCGUACUAGUAUUAUUUACCUUCUCCUUCUGCAAAACUCUCAUAUGUUUGGUGGUACAAUGUGGUUUGCUCGGUGGUGAUUUUGGAUUGGUGGUUAAACUUGUAGAGAUAUACAAGAGUGUCAAGAGAACUAGUAUGAAGUACUGAAUUCGUUGGACUUCAAA